CUUGGCGGCACCGGUCGCGGCGCCGGGCGGUAGCGAUGAAGCCGGUGAGUCCGGAGGGCAGAGGCCUGGAGGGGCGACGCCGCAGGGACGGGCGCAGCCCCGGAGCCUAUUUCAAUACAAGCAAGUGAGUUUGACUCAUCAGAUGAAGAGCCGAUUGAAGAUGAACAGACUCCAAUUCAGAUAUCAUGAUGCCGUGAUCUUUCUCCUGGAGAAAGCACUGUCCCCACCGUCGGAGGAAGGAAGAGCACCAAGUGCUGUCCCUGCAUGUGCUCUGCCCCCAUCACACGGCAUCACCUUUCUUUUCCCCUUCUAAUUUUUAGAGUUGGGUGGUAUUUAUAUGAUGCCUCCUGUUUUCCUUUAAAUUCAUCUUUUGGCUUGCAGACAAGGUGAACCUCUGUUCUCAAGUACAGAGAACAGAGGAAUAUGGUUUCUUAAAAUUAUUUCACUUUAACCAAAGUCCAUUACCACAAAGAAUAGGUAACAUAUGAAAUUAUAUCUUUUAAGAAAGUCCUACCAAAAAAUCUUAAAAUAGUAAUGUAAAUAAAUGCUGGGAAUAAAAUUGUCAGAUGGUCAUUUUCUAGCUUAUUUUCCUAAAGUUACUAAUAUACAAUAGCUCGGGUAACGUGCUGCAGAAUAACUUAAGUAUACCAGACACUACAUGUUGAUGAUCUAGGCAUCAGGGUCUUUAAGGUAAACUUAAUUUAACUUGCUGUUAUAAGGACUUAAAUAGUAGCAAAGCAAGUAGGUCUCCGUUUUAAAUUGCUCAGUCAUUUUAGGCCUUUUUGUGACUAGCACAUUGAUAUCUUAACUAUGAAUUUUUGUUUUGUGACAACUAUAAAACUCCCUGAUUCAGUGGCAAGCACCCGUGUUGGUUAGAUUGAAUUUCCAUUGAUAACUUUGUAAAAAAUGAAACUGAACGUGAUAAUUUUUUUCCCUUUUAGGCUACCUCUGUCCAGGGUGAACUGUUCUCAGUUUCUGGGCCUAUGUGCUCUCCCAGGUUGUAAAUUUAAAGAUACUAGAAGAAAUAUCCAAAAAGAUACAGAAGAACUAAAGAGCUAUGGCAUACAAGACAUAUUUGUUUUCUGCACCAGAGGAGAACUGUCAAAAUACAGAGUCCCAAACCUCUUGGACUUGUACCAGCAGCACGGAAUCACCACCCAUCACCACCCGAUCCCAGACGGAGGGACUCCUGACAUAGCCAGCUGCUGCGAGGUGCUGGAGGAGCUGGCAGUCUGCCUUAAAAACGGCCGCAAGACCCUGAUACACUGUUACGGAGGACUCGGCAGAUCCUGUCUCGUCGCAGCUUGUCUCCUGCUGUACCUGUCUGACACGGUGUCCCCACAGCAAGCCAUCGACAGCCUGCGGGAUGUGAGGGGGUCCGGGGCCAUACAGACCAUCAAGCAAUACAAUUAUCUUCACGAGUUUCGGGACAAAUUAGCUGCACAUCUGGUAUCAAGGGAUUCGUUAUCAAGAUCUAUUUCAAGAUAAAGAAGCUCAAACGGCAUAUAUAUGACCAUGUCUGAAAUUUAAGAGUUCUCUCGCAUAAUUUGUAUUAAAAUGAAAUUACUAGUGUUGCCAACUGGAAUGUAAAUGUAUACGUGCAGAUAUUCCUAAAGCUUUAUUGACAAAA